CCCGCACUCUCUCUCCGUGUCUCCACGACGACCACUUCGCCUACCACUCCAAACCCACGCCGGCAGCGCCAGUUCACCCACGAGCCUCGCCUCGCGUCCCAUCUCUGGCGCCGACGGCCGCGCUACCUCCACACGCAGGAACCCAACCCCCAAGCGGAGCAGAAGCUGCCGCGAAGACGCUGUUCCUGCUCGCUCCGGAACGGGAAUCUGAGCGCCCGAGCAUUGAACCCGCUCUGCUAGCUCCACCGCGAAAGCGCCACGCUGCGGCGGUCAGUGCUGCUGCUGGAGGCAUUGGAUUUGUUAGAGGUAUUCUGAAAUGGGUGCCAAAGAGAAUGGAGAAGUGAGAGAUGAGAAGGGAGCUGGACCAGAUUAUGAACCAGCCAGAGUUUCUCGUUCAUCACAAGGAGAGGCUCAUGGUAAUGAAGAUAAUAGAGUGAGACGAGUUUCUGGGGUUCCGAAGAAGCUCGUGAAAAAAGAGACAAAAGAAAGUAGCCCCCGCAUGGCCAAAAGCAACACCGGUCGUCAAGUUCAGAACAAGCUGCAACACAAAGCAUUGAGCGACACUCAGAACAGAUCUCCAAAACCUAGGAAAGCAGUUAAUGCCGCUAAAGCUAUUGAAGUUAGAAGACCAGAUGUUGUAAAAAUUCCUUCUCGCUCUCCAUCAGAAUUUUCUGAGGAAACAGAUGAUAUAAUUAGCGAGGCAGGAACCACUGAUGAUAGAGGCAUUGAAGAGGCCAAAGAGAUGGACGUCUUAGAUGAAGCUCCACACUGUGAUCAGAGUACUGGUACUGAUGAUGACAUUGUUGAUAUUGAAGAAAAGAUAAUUGAUGAUGAAAAAACAGUGCUACAUCAAAGGAACGAAGAACUACAGUCAAAACUUGAGAAGUUGGAACAGGAACUUCGUGAAGUUGCUGCACUCGAAGUUUCUCUUUACUCUGUAAUGCCUGAACAUGGAAGCUCAGCACAUAAGCUGCAUACCCCAGCUCGACGUCUUUCAAGGCUGUACAUUCAUGCGUCCAAGUUUUGGCCCAUAGAUAAGACAGCUUCAGUAGCAAAAAACACUGUUUCUGGUCUCGUUCUUGUUGCGAAGUCCUGUAGUAAUGAUGCUUCGAGGUUGACAUUCUGGCUUUCCAAUACAGUUGUCCUCAGGGAGAUAAUUGCAAAAUCUUUUGGCAUCUCACGUCAGUCGACUCCGACAAUGAAAACUAAAAACAUAAAUGACAGUGCAAAAUGGUUUGAUGGGAAAUCCAUGCCAAUGCUCCAGAACAACAACUCCAAUGGCAAGCAAACCAACCUUGCUGCCAUACAGAUACUAGAUGAUUGGCAGGAAACUAGUACACUUUUGGCUGCAUUAGAGAAGAUUGAAUCUUGGAUAUUUUCUCGGAUUGUCGAGACUGUGUGGUGGCAGGCACUAACCCCUCACAUGCAAACCCGGGCAGAAGGUUCAUCAACACCAAAGGCUGGUAAAGUGUUAGGUCCUUCUUUGGGUGAUCAGCAGCAGGGCACAUUUUCUGUUAACCUGUGGAAGGCUGCAUUUCAUGACGCAUUCAGCAGAAUCUGCCCCCUUCGUGCUGGUGGACAUGAGUGUGGCUGCUUGCCAGUAUUAGCAAAACUGGUGAUGGAGCAAUGUGUAGCCCGUUUAGAUGUUGCAAUGUUUAAUGCCAUCCUUCGUGAGUCAGCUAGUGAGAUACCAACUGAUCCUAUAUCUGACCCAAUUGUCGACCCAAAAGUCCUGCCAAUUCCAGCUGGCGAGCUAAGCUUUGGGUCAGGUGCACAGCUGAAGAACUCUAUUGGGAAUUGGUCGAGAUGGUUAACAGAUAACUUGGGCAUUGAUGAUGAUGACUCUGAGGAUGAAUGUCUUGACAUAGGAAAUGGCAACGAUGAAAGAAGUGGUGCAGCUGAAGGAAAAUCUUUUCGACUUCUUAAUGAACUGAGUGAUCUCCUGAUGCUUCCAAAGGACAUGCUUCUUGAAAAUUCCAUCAGGAAAGAGAUCUGCCCUUCGGUUGGCCUACCACUAGUAACAAGAAUCCUAUGCAACUUCACCCCUGAUGAGUUCUGUCCUGAUCCUGUUCCUAGCAUAGUCUUAGAGGAGCUGAAUUCUGAGAGCUUGCUAGAGCGUUCCAUUGGAAAAGAUGCGGCCAGCGCAUUCCCAUGCAUCGCUGCUCCUGUUACGUACCGCCCCCCUUCCCAACUGGAUGUAGCAGAGAAAGUUUCGGACACCGGAGGCGGCGCAAAGCUAGACAGGAGAGGUUCCAUGGUCCAGAGGAGAGGGUACACCAGCGACGACGAUCUGGAUGACCUGGACUCCCCCCUCGCAUCCCUAUUCGACAAGAGCGCUCCACCUUCACCGUCCAACGGAGUCACGCCUUUCACUGCUCAGCUGAGAGGAGCUUCCAUGGAGAACGCGCGGUACACUCUCCUGAGAGAGGUAUGGUCAGAGCGGCACUGAUUCACGGAACGUGUAAAACCUGGAAAUCCCUCCUACGUAGCUAUAUACUCCGUACCAUACAUAAAAUGGUAGGGAGACCGACACUAGCGAUGUGUUCACCCUGAAAGAAGCUGCUUUGUAGUAGCAGCAGAACUGCCUCCAGCAAAAUGGUACGGUGGAAAUGCAAUCCCGUCCUUGUACAUCCCUAUCUAUAUGUGUUAUAUAUGUUGUUCUUUUCGUAGUAUAGGAGGAGAGAAAUGAGCAACUCUAUGGCCCCUUGAAGCUAAAAGAUUUGGUCUAUGGUGUGACCCGAUGCACGAUUUUGUCA